AUGAAGCACCUUACGGUCGUUGUGGCGUUCGUUCUGUUGGCCAUCGUCAGUGCCAGUCCGAGUCCAUUCUUCCACAAGCAUUCUUGGGGUCGACAUCACUCCUGGCACCAUCACCAUCACCACCACCAGCGUCCAGUGGCGGUGCGAGAGUACGUGCGAGUUCCGGAAGUGCAUGUGCAGAAGGUCUUCCACACGGUUCCGGUUUAUGUGCCCGUCGUUACUCCUGCUCCUGUUCCUGUCCCUGCUCCAGUUCCGGUAACGACGGAGAAGCCUGUACAGGUGGAGGUCGGUGGAGGAGUCAAUGUGGCCGCCAAUCCGGGAGCCGUACACGUCACGAAAACGAAGCCCGUCGUUGUUUCGGUCUAA